AUGGAUUCAUGCGAUACUAUUGCAUUAAGUUGGAUUAAUGCAACACUUUCUUCUGUUGUUCUUGACACACUUUUGAACUAUGCUUGUGAGACAUCUAAACAGGCUUGGGAAACCCUCGCAUCACUAUAUUUGGAUCAAGUCUCUUCCUACGCCAUUCACCUUAAGUCGAAAUUCCAAAAUUUCAAGAAAGGUCCCCUUUCUAUGGAAGAUUAUCUUCAGCAACUUCACUCUAUUGCCUGCUCUCUCAGGGCAAUUGGUAAACCUCUGACUGGUGAUGAUUUAGUCACUCAAGCUUUGCAAGGAUUGCCUUCAUCUUAUCGUACCUUUGUGUCUGGAUUAAAUGCUACUGGCUCACUUCCUUCUUUCAUUGCAUUACGACCACUGCUUCUCACUGAAGAAGCUCAUAUUAAUGCAAAUGCUACUGAAGAGUCAAAUGCUCAAACUGCGUUGCUUGCGUCAACUCAAGCAAAGACCACUUCUAAUUCAUCAUCUUCCUUCAAUGGAAAUCAGCCUACAAAAGGAUACUUCCAUGGACGAGGUCGUGGCAAAAAUAACAAGGGACAAUAUGGUAGGGGUCGAGGAUACCACAAUUCUUCUUGGUCUGGUUUCCAACAUCAAUCUCGGCCUCCUUCCCCUACUACUAGUAUUUUGGGUAGACCACCUUUCGUUCCUACUAAACAAUGUCAAAUUUGUUUUCACUAUAAUCACACUGCGUUGGAGUGCAGAAACAGGUUCAAUCAUUCCUUUGUGGCUAACAAUAUUCCUAAACCAUUUGCUGCAAUGAAUUUGGAGGAGGUUCAACCAACAGUUUGGUAUCCAGACUCGGGGGCAUCUGCGCACAUGACAAAUAAUCCUUCUACUCUUACUUCUCACACUCCUUAUUCUGGUCCUUCUCAAGUCAUGGUUGGAGAUGAUACUCUUCUCUCAAUUAAAUCUACUGGUUCAUCUAUCCUUCCAACAACUUCUAUGCCUCUUCUCUUAAAGAAAGUUUUAUAUGUCUUUGCAUUGUUCAUUGAACAUGAUAUGAAAUCUUGGAAAUUCAAUCAUCUUCAACUUAAUUAUUUUCGCCUUUAUGCACAGUCAUUGCAACUGUUUUCGCCUCUCUAUUGCUGCAUGAACAAUUGUACAGUGGAAGGUAUAUAUAUAAUCCCAUUGAAUUUCUAUGUUCUUGCAUCUUUCACUGUUAAAAUCAAAUGUGAGAAAACUGAAAUCUCUUAG